CUUCUCUCCUCUUUUAUGUUGCACCUUCUGCGAAGCUCGACUUCUCUGGUUGAAAUAGGAUGGAGGCUGAUGCAUGCCAAUCUGAAGCAACACACGGCAGCAAGCAGGCGACAAGAAAUAGAAACCAGGCACGUCGAAGGAGGACAACGUGCUACUGUGGGGAAUGGCCUGUGCUCGCAACCUCAUCGACGGUCGAAAAUCCCGGGCGGAGGUUCUGGGGUUGCGUUAACUUUGGGAUUGGAGAGGAAUGCGGCUAUUUUGUAUGGGCAGAACCAGAGGAAGAGCCCUCACAAGUUUCAAGGCUAAGGACGAAGGUCAGAAAUUUGAAGAGCAAAAUGGAGAAGGUUGAGUUCAGGUUCAUGGUUGCAGUGGGAGUUGCUUUAGUUGGAUGGACAUUUGCCCUAAUAUUGGUUUGUGAGAAAACAAGCAGCACCAAAUUUGGGAGACUUUUACUACAAUGAUGUUGAGAUAGUGAGAUUUAGGAGAAUAUCAUUAGAUCCCAACUUGUGCUCUGUAUUUUUGCCUAGAAAUAGCACUGAUGUUGACAUGGUUGGUGUUUUGUUGAACUGAAUGAGAUUGUAAUGAAAUGAUGUUUUGAUGAUUUAAGUUUGGCCAAAUGCUAUAUUGUGCUUGUGUAAAAAAGUGCAAUGAUAUAUUGUGCAGCUGCAAUGUUAUAUUAUGCAUUUUGUUUAA